AUCAGCCGCCGCGUAAUUCAGUCGUGUUCGAGCCUCAGUGUUUUAAAAGGAACGAGAUCCUCGCCGUUGCGACCUCUUCCAUCGGCUGCUGCUGGAACAAGAAGAAGAAAAAGUGUUGAUAAGCCCAGCAGAUAAGGGAUUAAGGCGCAGAACAUGCUGGUGUCCCGAGGAGUGGGACUGCUGCUAGUGGCGCUGGCACUAGCGUCCGUAGAUCCCGGAUGGGCCUGCAGCAAGGUUCCGGUGUUCAACGGGCGCGCUGUGACGAAGGAGAAGAAGGCUGGCGAUAACGGAUACCGGUUGGCCGUGCGGAACGAACCGAGCGGCUACGAACCGGGCAAGAUCUACAACCUGUUCCUGGUCGGCUCGCGGACUCACGUCAAGCUGCAGCAGUUCACCCACUUUAUGCUGACCGCCCAAGCGACCAGUGGAACGGCCAAGAAUGCGCGCACCUUUAUUGCCGGUCCGAAGCGCGUUGGUCGGUUCCAGCUGUUCAGCGACUCGCUGACCCGCUUCUACGAUCACUGCGUCAACACGGUAACGCAAGCCGAUGACUUCCCCAAGACGGAGAUCCAGGUCAUGUGGGUAGCACCGGCAAGCGGAUCCGGUUGCGUCAGUCUGUCAGCGAUGGUUUUUGAGGGUGAGGAUUCCUGGUACUCGGAUGAUGGAGCUCUGACGAAGGUGCUUUGUGAGAUCAAGCCCGAUCCGGGCACGGUUCAGGGAGAGUGCUGUGCGUGUGAUGAGGCCAAGUAUAGCUUCGUAUUCGAGGGAAUCUGGUCCAACGAAACGCAUCCGAAAGACUUCCCGUUCGCCGUUUGGUUGACGCACUUCUCCGACAUCAUCGGAGCGUCCCACGAUACGAACUUUUCCUUCUGGGGUGAGAAUCACAUCGCUACCGAUGGGUUCCGCUCGCUUGCCGAGUGGGGUUCGGUUCGUCAGCUGGAGCAGGAGUUGCGAGCAAAGGGACCACGCCUACGAACGCUGAUCCGAGCCGGUGGACUGUGGUAUCCCAGGGUGAACUCGAACACGACGUCGAACUUCCGCGUAGAUCGAAAGCAUCACAAGGUAUCGCUGGCUUCGAUGUUUGGACCUUCUCCGGAUUGGGUUGUAGGGGUUAGUGGGUUGGAUCUUUGCAGUGAGGAUUGCACCUGGGUUGAGUCGCUGGAUGUCGACCUGUACCCAUGGGAUGCCGGAACUGACAACGGAAUCAGCUACAUGUCUGCCAACUCGGAAACCCAGCCAAGAGAGAGGAUGCACCGCAUCACUACGCUCUACCCGGAAGAUCCACGUGCUCCCUUUUACAAUCCGAAAUCCCGGGAGAUGAUCCCACUGGCGAGAGUCUACUUCCGGCGCGACAAGGUCAUCCACCAAAACUGCGACGACGAGUUUCUCAAAUCGCAGACGUUGGAACUGGCGGAGAACACCGAAGAGGUCACGCGACAGGAGUGCGAGACGACCAGCUACAGCUCGUGGACGCCGUGUUCGGUGACCUGCGGCAAAGGAAUACGCAUGCGAACCAGGGAAUACCUGAAACCGGACAAGGCGGCGCAAUACCAGUGCAACCGACAACUGAUUUCGAAGGAGAUGUGCGUUGCGGAUGUUCAAGAGUGUCCCAACGAAGGUCAGGAACCUGAGGACAGUUCGGAGGACAUCAGAAAGACCGACGCCAACGUGGACGAAGGAGGUGAAGGCGUUGGAGUUUGCAAGACUACCGCCUGGAGCGAAUGGUCCGAGUGCUCGGCAAGCUGUGGAAUCGGUGUGACCAUGAGGACCAGAACUUUUGUGGAUCACAUGGGUCGCAAGAAGUGUCCCCACAUCAGUGUUGUUGAGAAGCAGAAAUGUAUGCAACCGGAGUGUUCCCUAACCGACGUCGAGGUCCCCGACUCCAUGUGCCCCGUAACCACCUGGAGUGACUGGAGUCCGUGCAGCGCCACCUGCGGCAAGGGAGUCAAAAUCCGCACCCGUCUGCUCCUGGUUGGCCCAGAGCUGCAGGAAAAGUGCGCCCAGCGGGUGGAGCUGAACCAGCAGCGACCCUGCACGGAGAAGGCCGACUGUCUGUUUGACGUGUUCACCGCCCGGGAGAUCUGCUCGCAAGCUUCCGAAACGGGACCGUGCCGGGGCAAGUACCAGCGGUACGCGUACGAUUCCGAACGGGACAUUUGCGUUCCGUUCUUCUACGGAGGCUGCCGUGGCAACCGGAACAAUUUCCUGACCAAUGAGGACUGCAUGCAGACUUGUCGCGCUGUUAAGGAACAAUCAACGAACCGUGACGCCCAUCGUCAUCCGACAGCGGGACCGCCGCGGCAUCAGCGUCAGCAGCAACCGCAGCAAUUCCAACAUCAGGAAGAGGACGGACUUCCGGUGGAUUGCGUGCUGUCCGAUUGGACCGAGUGGAGUUCGUGCAGCGUCACCUGUGGAACCGGGAGAUCCGAGCGGUACCGCAACGUGCUCGUGCAGGCCAAGAACGGUGGUCAGCCCUGCCCCGGGCGGAUUGUGAAGCGGCGGAAGUGCACUGGGCCGCCGUGCGCUUGAGGUGGACGCUGGAGAUGCAUCCCUUCUCAAUACUUGGGAAUUUGAGUUUUCCAAGAAUAUUUUUUCACAAAAUUGGGGAGACGUUUCGAUUGAAGAAAUAUAAAUAAAAUUUUAUUAAAUAUA